UGGUAACAUUUUGCUUUCUUUUUUGUGCAUGGCAAUGCAAAGCGUAACCUGCCGACUGCCGUAGCAAGCGUAACCAAGCACUGGCGCUCAGUAUCUCAGUGGAACACGUGCGUAAGGAAGUUUGCCUAUUUAAGCUCCACAUUUAUUGGCUGCCAGCCUUCUAAACUCCUGCACACUGAAAGACGGAAGGGCCAUGUCAUACUGUAAAAGUUUCGGAAAAGACCGUGUGAUAUUCGUCACGAAAGAAGACCACGAAACUCCGAGCACGGUGACUCUACCUGAAGACCCCGAAGACGAGCGCGCCGGUCUGAUCCUCGCCAAUGGAGACAUCAACUGGAACUGUCCGUGCCUGGGAGGCAUGGCCACCGGACCUUGUGGACCCGAAUUUCGAGAAGCCUUUUCCUGCUUCCACCACAGCACGUCGGAGACCAAAGGCAGCGAAUGCUUCGAGCACUUCAGGACCAUGCAGGAGUGCAUGUCCAAAUACCCCACGCUUUAUCCUGCGGACGACGACGAUGACGACGACGACCGCAAGGACUCCAAAGAAGGAGACAAGAAGGCCAUGGCAUCCCUGGAGAGCACAAUAUCUAAAACAAACACCGGCGCAGUGGCCGAUAGAGAAAACGAGCCUAGUAGACAAGAGAAGCAGGUUGUCAGUCAGUGAUUCUGGGAGCUAGAUAGAUAGUAUACAUUAGGAGAACCAAUUGGCAGGAGGGCCCAACCUCAUGUAGGGGUUAUUCCAGCUGCCUCACAACACUGUCGAUAACAGAUCUUAAACGAUUAGGUGGCUUCUGAAGCUGCCAGCUUGGGGUGGGGGGAUCGAGAAUAGCUGACAUUCUGCUCACAACUUAUUCCAUUUUGCGGUAGUUCUAGUUGGAGAGUUGUAAAGGUGCUACUUACGUCUGGGUGGCAUUUGGACAAAUAAGCAGUGCAGUUGAGAGAUUAGAGGUGGCGUUUUCUAGGUUCAGUCUUGUCGCUUAUGUUAGAAGGUCGCAGCUGGAAUCCUAUGUGUUUGUGGUGCUGGCUCUAGUUGCAGCAUUUGUGCCUGAAAACCUUAGGUAGCGAGCGUAUUUGGUAUCGGAACGCUUCUGCAGAGCUAUUGUGCCAAAUAUCUGUUUUAAGUAGGUUUCAUUAUGUGCAAGCAGUCGGUUCCAUCUCCAUCUGGCUUCUGCACAUUUUUUGUCAUCCAGCAAACUCUGCUUUAAUCAUGUGCACUUCUAAACAAAGUAUGCUGAUGGCUGUUUAGUGUCGCACUUUGUGUGCCUAGUCUCCACGAAAUAAAGCACUCGCUGUCUAUAAGAGGCAA